AUUCACAUUUACGCCCAAACCAAGCCCAGCCCAGAAAAUAGAUACACCUAGAUGUACCUCAAGAAGGCCUUCUGGAGCGACGCUCUUACCGGCGCCGGCGCCGGCGCCGGAAAUACCCCCUACGACGUCUCCGCCUCCUCUCUAACCACAUCUCCGGAGAUCGAAGAACUAGUGAAAUCACUCGACAACGACAGAUUAUACCGCGAAGUGACACUCGCUCUGAGAACAGGCCUCAAAGACGCCCGCGCCGAGUUCUCGUUCCUCCGUCUCCGCGCUCUCCGCACUCUCCUCAACUUUCUCCGAUCUGUCGCUUCGUCUGAUUCGACAAUCGCGCUGUUCUCGCAAUCUCAGUCCAUUCCGGAAUUACAAGUGGUUCCGGUCCUUUUUCAGCACUCGUUAAAAGAUUGGGAUGAUCAGAAGGUAGCCAACCUAGAUCAUAUAUUUGAUGUCGAACCGUUGAAGAUAGCUGGUCCUUCAUCAGAUGCUGAAGUUGCACUUGCACUUAGAGUUUUAGAAGGAUGUUGUUUGCUCCAUAGACAAAGCUCAGUGCUGGCACAUGAACACAAAGCUAUCCAUGUUUUGAUGAAUAUAUUAUCAACAAGGGGUGCUCUUGAGCGAGGAGUAUGCUUGGAUGCUCUGGUAUCAUUAAUGUUGGAUUCUUCAUCAAAUCAAAUGGAUUUUGACGAAUGCAAUGGCAUUGAAGAGGUUGCAUUACUUAUAAGAGAUCAGCAAGUAGACGAGAAUUUAAGACUGAAGUGUGGUGAAUUUUUGUUGCUGCUUAUCGGGCAUGUUAAUGGAAGGGAUUUAUCCAUACAUGAAGACAUAAAGAGACUUCUUGGCGAAAAAUCAGCAUCAUUGAUAUGGGCAGCUAGUCAAUUCGGGUCAACUCUUGAUCCUGAGCAGAGACUAACAGCACUUCAGAUCCAGGCCCGCAGAGUGCUCGAGUCUGUUGAUUUAUACUGACAAGGCCACUUUCAUCCCUCAAUAUUCCAGUUCUCUUCAAGAAUUGAAUGGUAUCGGUUUUUGUAGAUAUGAUAUUUAUGACAACUGAGUUAAAACAUGCAUGGUUUAUGAUAGUUUUUGUUCAUGUCCCAUUGUAAUUUUGUUUGUUAUCUCUAGUGUUCUACACUUCAAGUUAGUCGAUAUCCUCGUAUCCUCAGUGACAUUUUUUAAGCUAGAUUGCUGCUUUUACCUACUUGGGGCAACUUCAAGAGUGUACUGGUACAUUCCCUUAUCUGUAAUAUACUAUAUUAUAUUAUAAUAAGACAACAUAGGUAUAAUUUAAAGUACUA